CAAAAGGGCAAGCGCCGCUUUUGCCACGUAUAUCUCUGUCUCUGUUCCGUCGUCAACGCGUAAACACGCUUGUGUCGCGGUGUCUCGCGCUAUUCCAACCGGCGGAAAAGAAAACAAAGUUCAGACCGUCGAGGCUGCUCACAGUACUCGAUCGUAACAACUCGAUCGUCGGACGAUCCGGUUGACCCGGUUGAUUGAGAAGAAGAACAAGAGAGAUCCCGCUCUCUCUUUCUCGUUUUGCGUAACACACGCCGAAAAAGUUCUCAUCGAGCGUGAUCGAACACCGGGGGAGGGGGACUGCUCGUUCUUGCUUUCUUGCCGAACAGUCGCGUGUGUCAAAUGAGGUGAGGUGAGAGCCACCUUAGAAAACCGUGGAGGGAAUCUCGCAUAACUCGAACAGAAUGAGACUGAAGAAGGAAGCGCCGUGUCUCGUGCUGAGGCUGGUCCCUCUGGAGAAUCUCGAACCGUGGGGUGGACACAAGGAGUUUCAUAGGCGGCACAGGGACCUCUGCGAGGACACGCUUCUGCCAACGGUCGCAGCUGGCCCAUCCACGGUCGCUGGUUGUUCCAGUCCAGGGCCAGGUUGUCCGGUGUUGAGUCUGUCUGGGCCACCGACCCCCCAACCGGCGGACAUCGAUAGUCACCCAGCCUCGAGGGUCCUUCCGUUUCUCUAUCUUGGGAACGGCAGGGACGCGGCCGAUCUGCAGCUUCUUCGCGCAUUGGGCGCCACCAGGGUCCUCAACGUCACUUCUCAACUGCCCGGAUACCACGAGGAGAGGGGCAUCACGUACAGGCAAAUUCCUGCUUCGGAUUCUGGCCAUCAGAACCUUAAACAGUACUUCGAGGAGGCGUUCGACUUCAUUGAGGAAGCCCGGAAGGCCGGAAGCAGCGUGUUGGUGCACUGUCAGGCAGGAGUGUCGCGCAGCGCGACGAUCGCGAUCGCGUACAUAAUGCGGCACAAGGGCCUGUCCAUGGUGGAGGCGUACAAACUUGUGAAGAACGCGCGACCAAUCAUCAGCCCUAACCUGAACUUCAUGGGUCAAUUGUUGGAGCUCGAACAGGGUUUGAGGGCGUCCGGCGGUGUGGCUGCCGCUGCAGAGGAACCGAAGGGUUGCCACCAGUGUCGUUGGUCUCAUCAGCAGAACAACGAGGAGGUCACUUCCGGUUGCAGCGUCUGAGCCGAGCGAGACCACCAGGCAAAGAUUACGAGCGGGUUCGCUCGUGUCACUGGAUCUGGCCGAUUCCAGCGGAUGAUCGGCGAUAACAGAAAACAGAAGAGAGCCCACGCGCGCUUUGCGAGGCGGUCUCGACGCUUCGCGUCCAAGGACGCGGUCGAAAGACACACUCUACACAUAUCCUACACGUAUAUAUAUAUAUAUAUA